CCCAACCAGCGCAGCAACGAGAGCCUGAGAGCUGAAUGUGGGUAGCUGGCGCAUCUCUGGCCCCAAUGCAGCGACUAUGGCGUUGAACGCCACUAACUCUGCGGUGCCGGCCGCCGAGAAUGGCAAAACGAAGGCGAGGCCAAAUCCGAGGCGGAGAGCAUCAAAGAUGAAGCAGGCCGACACGGCCUCUGGAGCUGGUUCAGCGUGGAAAGCUGAAGUGCCUACUAAACCUUCGCCCAACUCAUCCGCUUGUUAUAAGCCAGGAACGAACAUAUCAAAAGCGUCACGAGCAAAGCCAGAUAUAUCGAAGCAAAGUGGACGUGGUGCCAAUUUACAUCCAAAGAGGUCAAAGUCAAACUUGCAACCCGAGGCAAUAGAAAGUGCACAUGCCACUGAUAAUGCAAAAUCACAAAGCAAUACCGGUCCUCUGGCACUCGCAGCUCCAGCAGUAGUCACAGGUGGUCUGCUCGGCUGUGCCGCUGGAGCUGCCGUGAUCCUAGGGGCCGGCAUAUGGAAGAACUUCGCAGGAAUCGACAAUGCCAUCCUCGCAGCAAGAACCGCAAAGCUCUGCGUCGACAAUCUUAUCGAGGAGAUCAUCACGAGCCUCAAAGCCGGCACAUACAAUGCCCCAGAGGCUCUCGACAUGCUGAGACGCACAACACUCGCGUAUGCCAGUUCGAUUCCUGGUGGAGCUCCGCUUGUUGAACGCAUUUUCAGAGAAGUGGAGAUGGUACGCAGGCAACGUGGUCCAGAAGUGGAUAAAGUACUUGGAGAGGCAUAUCUUGAAAUUGCGCGGGCGCAGAAGAAAGGUGCUAGUGCCGAUGAAUUGCAGAGUAUGGUUUUGAAGCAGGCGAUGAAGCUUUCCACUUUCGCCACGAAGGCUACACAGGAUGUGCUCGCGAGAAAUCCGAAAUGGAGGCCUUAUCGGGACGAGGCGAAAAAGGCUCUGAGAGGACCGCCCGAGAGCAAAGUGCCUACGGUGAAGGUCAACAUGGCGGUUCAGCAGAAAGGUUUGCAAGUCAAGUAA